AGGUCAAGUUGGAUCGGUUGCCCUCACAACUCCAGCACGCCCGCAUGUUACAUGAUGUCGUUUGAGGUUCUGCGGCUGUGAUCAUCAAGCAUGGACGGUGAGGUGCAGAAGAGGCGUCGGGUGCAUUUUGAAGAUGAAGACCCUUUCGCCGGCGAUGAGGAAGAUCAGGUCAAUCAUUGGGUCAGGGAGUCGACACCUCACGUAUGCCACUCAGUCCUGGAUCCACCAGAUCCUGACUGGGCUUCCUAUUGGAGACCUGGCCCUUUCCCUCCACAGGGCCCAGGGUCAAACGAUCCCGCCGCUGACGAGAGGCGUGGGCCAGCAUCCUCACGCAAGUGUUCACUCCUUGGAUGUGCAUUGUUGUUUCUCUUUCUUUUGCUUGGACUGGCUUCGCUUCGUAGCAUAUCCAUCAGGGUACCUUCACUUUUGACAUGUUUUUCAGUUGCCUUGGCAGUCGUCAUGUGCCUGGCGACUCUAUAUGCAAUGAAUUCAUGUGCCGGAACGCGCACAAUUGAGCAGCCGACGUUCCACAAGCGCAUCGAGCUGUCAGCAGAAGCCUCAGAAGCCUUGGAUGCUAUGUUCAUGGAGCUAAGCACAAGUGGCAGCGAGAUCAGUAUGACGGACGCGGUGAUAUUUUUCAUGAGGUGCCAUUCGGGGUCCAUCAAUGCAAAAGCUAUGUUCUCCGAGGUGGACCGAGACCAGAAUGGUGUUAUUACCAGGGAGAUGUGGUUCAAGUUCUGGAGGAGGGUGUGUCAAGCCGGCUACUCGAACGAUGACGUUCUAGAGGAAGUUGCAGGGAUGAAGGCCGGACAACCAUGGGACGAUUGGCUCGACGCCCGGACAAGUUCGUCGCAGUCGGCACCUUGGUACAUGAAGGUUUCCUAAUUGCCCAGGGGAAACUGAUGCUUCAAGUUUGUGACUCUCUGCAAAAAGGCGCGCUCUGGUCCCGUAAGGCAUCCACUGGUAGGCGCAUAACGCUGCAAGCAAAGCUUGUGUGAAGGCCUGACGGCCGGUGCCGCCGACUCCUAUUUGCUAGUUGGAGAGGCAGAUGGAACAGGUUGGCGAGGAGGAAGAUGAGAAACACAUAGAUCAAUGGCGAUAUCGAUCAGUAGUCAGUGAUCUAGACAGACAGACCCAAAGGGGCUGUGCGCUACAUGGAGACGGCUGUUUCGAUGGCCUCUCCGUCGUGAUUUCCCCCACCCCAGCUUUCUUAUCGGGCUUCGGUCGGCAUUCCAGUAUUAUGCAUAUCUACGCAUGUUACCCGUUCUUUGCGCUGCAAGAGGAGGAGACGGAGAAGGUCCUUCGCAGCUUUUUUUGUUCACGACGCCCAGAUGUCCGUGCCUCGUGCUUAUAAUCGACCCCCUCUUUUCUUCCCGGGCACGGUCCUGCCAGGAUCUCGAGCCAAAGGAUGCGGAAUGAUGUGAAUUGUUGUUUUUGCCUGGAUCGAAGCGAUGAGCAGCGAAGUGGACCAAGCUGGCGUGGCAAUUGUCCAACCUUUUUUAUACACCUUACGCACAGUGCCCUCUAUGGGCUUGCGCGUAUAGGUAUGAGCGUGUGUGCGCCUGUUUGUGUUCGUGUGAACAGGAGCGUGCACGUGUAUGUGCGUGUGUGUGUGUGAUCGUGUGUGUCCAGAGUGACGCCGCCUGAGAGCCGGGCCGCGCGCGUUAUCCCGCCUCUCGAAUUUCUCAGCCUCGUCGCCGCGCGCGGGGCUGGUACCGCCCAAAAGGUGUGUCGUGGGCGUAUUUGUGUACUUGUGUGGGCACAGUUCAAUCUUGUGAGCUCCUGCAAAUUUCUGGUGGCGCUCAGCACAGAAAGCUCACAGCGUGAGUUCAUUCUUUUCUGCUGGCCUGAAUAGUUUUCUUCGCGGGGCCUUGACACACCCUGUCAGCUCAGCCAACGCCUCCGUUUCACGGAUUGUCGCCAAAAACGUAUGGAGGAACGGCAUCGGCGGCGCCGGCGCGGGAAGGCUGUCAUUCAGUCGGGGCCAGUGCAAACGGGGGUCAGCCAGAGCGCCGGACCUUGCAGGCGGCGUCGGUGACGUGACCCGCAGAGACUCCUGGGACACCAUGACAACUUUGAGUAUCGAGAA